CUGAGGAUUAGGUACGAAGGGAUCGACAAUUUCUCUGAAUGUGAAUCUCUGGAGGAAUUGGAUCUGUCGGGCAAUACACUGGACGACUGGUCGUGUCAGAAGUUGGGCCGAGUCUUCCGCAACUCUAACCUCCGAUCGCUUAAUCUAUCAAACAAUCCUCUCAUCACUAAUCGUGGCGUAGAAUCGCUUCAUUGGAUCCGAUCGUUGCGGACGCUGACCAUCACUGGGACGGCGGCCGCGAAGUACCCGUUUCUGGAGCUUUUAUCAACGGUUAACGAGAGGAGGGCUCACACACACACACACCGGCUGUCAACACACGUUGUCAUCACAUCUGAUCCGUUUAUCUGUCCAUUAGAUCCAUUCGCCGAUGCGAUUAAAUCCGAUGACAGCGGUGUUCAGGACGGCCUCAUCCACAUCCGUAUCCAACAGAGGAACGGUAGGAAGACGUUAACCACAGUUCAGGGCAUUUCCGACAACUACGACAAGAAGAAGAUUGUCAAGGCAUGCAAGAAGGAGUUCGCGUGUAACGGCACAGUUGUGGAGCACCCGGAAUAUGGAGAAGUGAUUCAACUACAGGGCGAUCAGCGCAACAAUAUCUGCCAAUUCUUAACUAAAGUUCAGAUCGCGAAACCAGAACAGCUCAAAGUCCACGGAUUCUGAACCCAUACACGCCAUCGCAUCACUCAAUUACACUUCCUAUCUCUAUCUUAAGCCCUCUUUCCUACUCUUUGUUUCCUUCAAAUUAUCUCUAAUUA